AUGCAAAAAGGCAUCCCUCCCGAUCCCCCCAUCAAAAAUGGAACCAAUUCACGCUUCAAAGAUGGUGAUGAGGAGGAGGAGGAUGUCAUUUUGAUCAAGUCCAUUACUCGACAGUCGCCGUUGCCUCGUUCUGCUCCCAGGAAGCGAAGACGCCAGGAUACUGCCGGCCAAUCCGAGGCCAAGCUCUACACGGAGACGGUCCAAUCCGACGGCACAGUUGUCAUCGAAUUCGAUUCAGACAAUGAUGCGGACAGGGGUGCAGACAGUGAUUCAGAGACUGAAAUCACUAAGAUAUCCUCGGUCGCAAAGCCAAGCCCCAAGCUGCCCUUUCAGGAUCCUGAUGGCGUUUCUGGUUUGAACGAUCAACCAUUUGUCAAGCGCCGCAAGCAAUUCAGGACAGAAGCUAAAGCACAUAGUUUUGGGAAGUCGAAGAAGGCGAAAGAUGAGCAAGUCCAUCAAGCUAGCCGUCGAGGACCCGGCAGGCGUGUCAGAUGUGAGACGGUCGAGGACGAGGGAACUCCUGACUGUACCGAUAAUACUGUCAUCCAUCAAUACGAGAUUCAUCCGCGAUCUAUGGACAUUUCCGAGUCAAAGGACGCAGAAGUGGACUGGCAAAGCUCGGCCUAUACACUUGCCUGA